CCUUUCACAUUUCCCUCCCAACUUCUUCUUCCUCAUUUGCCAUGAAAUCCUCAGAGGACAGAAUGACGGCAUUGCCCCUCUCCUUGGGAUCGCCGAGGAGGAACCUCAACCUCUGCUUCACCAAGCUCAAGUUCCCCCUCUGGUCCCAAUCCCACCCCCCUUCUCCGCCGCCGCCUCCCCGCCCCUCCGCCGCCGCCACCCCCACCUCCACGCUCAUCAAGACCUUCAACUCCCUCUACGAUGCCUCCACCUCCAACUCCAAAUCCAUAACCCCCUCCUCCUACUCCCCCUCCCCCUCUUCCUCGACCCUCUCCUCCGACGAUCCCGACCCCGACGCCGACCCCGCCGCCGCCCCCGAGCCGGACUUCUCCGCCAUCUAUGCCUCCCACCGCUUCUUCUUCUCCUCCCCGGGCCGCUCCAACUCCAUCGUCGAGUCCCUACCCCGGCCCGGCCCCGGGAUGGGGCCGCCUGAACCCGAGAACAACCCAGUCGUUGGCGGCGGGGUGGCGGUCCCCACCUUUUCGCCGGACCCGUACGCGGACUUCCGGCGGUCCAUGCAGGAGAUGGUGGACGCACGGGAGCUGUUCGACGUAAAGUCCAACUGGGAGUGCCUCCACGAGCUGCUCCUCUGCUACCUCUCCCUCAACCCGAAGAGCACCCACAAGUUCAUUGUCGGGGCGUUCGCCGAUCUCCUCGUCAGCCUAAUGAGUGAGGACGGAGGAGAUCGCGAGCGGCAAUCCUCCCGGCAGGCUGCCCCAUCCUGUGAACAGUGAAUGCACCGAGCUGUUCAGUGGAAUUCAGUUAAAUUGCUGCCGAAAAAGGGGUGACGACGACGACGACGGCAACGAAGGUGAUGUAACCGGGAAAUGAAGAUACGCAGGACCCUGCAGAUCUGAUGAUUGAGAUGAGAUUGACUCGGCUGCGACGUACUUAACUUCGACUCAAAUUAAGAAGAAUAAAUUUCCCCAAUCGAUAUCGAAAUUCAAUCAAUGUCCAAAUACAACAGAAGUUACAUCUCGAUCAAUACGCGGUGUUUGCUUGUCCAAGAUCAGAGCUUCGACGCACACACCCGAGUUUCGGUAAGUACAUGGGAAAUGAUACACACGACAAGUGAAAGAAACCGAUUAUUUCGGGUUUCGGAUAUCGAGGUUUCCGCUGGUGCUCCCGAGAUUGCCCGAGAAUAGUUAACAUUGAGAUUAGAUAUCGUAUGUGUGUGUUUUGGCCUUCAUGUGGUUAGUGAUUUUGGACUGGAAUGUGUUUUGGUGUGAAGUGGAUAGAAUUAGAAAAAGACAUAUGUAUGUAUGUAUACGUACAUGCGCGUGUUUGUGGGUAGGGGUAGGAAAUUAACAAUUGAAUUGAUGGAUCGGUCUCCACUUUUGUUUUUACUACUCCUGCUUAAUUUACUUUUUUUUUUAUAAAUAAAAAAAUUAUGAGAGAUAUUAUUGUUAUUGUAAGUUUAGGAAAUCGAGUAUUAAAAAUUAUUUCGUCACUCAAUAAAUGUGCUUCUUGAUAAUCAAAUUUGUAUUUUCCUC